CGCCGAAUGAUCUCGCGGGAAAGCGCAGUUGCGAGUCCCGGCGCAGCGCCCAGGUAGGGGGGUGGGGAAGUGGAGGCGGGAGUGAAGUCUCGCGAUAAGAGGCGGUUGCCGUAGCGGAGCCCUCUGGCAGUGUGUGUCCCAGGAUUCGCCGCCGGAGCCGUGGACGGUUUGCUGAGCCCGUUAGUGCCCCUGCCGAGACUCACGCAGCCGAUAUGUCCCGCUACCUACGUCCCCCCAACACGUCUCUAUUCGUUAGGAACGUGGCCGACGACACCAGGUCUGAAGAUUUACGACGCGAAUUUGGUCGUUAUGGGCCUAUAGUUGAUGUGUAUGUUCCACUUGAUUUCUACACUCGCCGUCCAAGAGGAUUUGCUUAUGUUCAAUUUGAAGAUGUUCGUGAUGCCGAAGAUGCUUUACAUAAUUUGGACAGAAAAUGGAUUUGUGGUCGCCAAAUUGAAAUACAGUUUGCACAGGGGGAUCGGAAGACUCCAAAUCAAAUGAAAGCCAAGGAAGGGAGAAAUGUGUACAGUUCUUCACGCUAUGAUGAUUAUGACAGAUAUAGACGCUCUAGGAGCCGAAGUUAUGAGAGAAGGAGAUCAAGAAGUCGGUCCUUUGAUUACAACUAUAGAAGAUCUUAUAGUCCUAGAAACAGUAGACCGACUGGAAGACCACGGCGUAGCCGAAGCCAUUCCGACAAUGAUAGAUUCAAACACCGAAAUCGAUCUUUUUCAAGAUCUAAAUCCAAUUCAAGAUCACGGUCCAAGUCCCAGCCCAAGAAAGAAAUGAAGGCUAAAUCACGUUCUAGGUCUGCAUCUCACACCAAAACUAGAGGCACCUCUAAAACAGAUUCCAAAACACAUUAUAAGUCUGGCUCAAGAUAUGAAAAGGAAUCAAGGAAAAAAGAACCACCUAGAUCCAAAUCUCAGUCAAGAUCACAGUCUAGGUCUAGGUCAAAAUCUAGAUCAAGGUCUUGGACUAGUCCCAAGUCCAGUGGCCACUGAUAGCAUAAACCAUGAUAUUUUUAGGCAUGUAUCAUUCAUUUACUCAUAGUUUGGUUUACUUAAAUUAUCAGGAAUACAAUGUUGCAAUGAUGCUUACAAAACACUUGUCAGUUUUCCCUGUACCAGGCAAUGGUUAUAAUUAAAAUGAUAUGCUGUUGAGAAGCCACUCUUAAGAGUCCAGUUUGUUUAAUGUUAUGGGCAGCUACCAAUUUGUGGUGUCUCUGUAUAUUUUUGUAAAGAUUCUCAUUUUUUAUGCUUGAAGUAUUGGUGAAAAGAUGUUGGUUGACCAUAAUUUGCAACAUUGUCUUAUUAAAAAUAAACUUUCAUAUCCAUAUUUGGUAGACCUGUUAACCUAGAAAUGUAGCUUGCUAAUAAGAUAGAAUGAUACAGAAGUGAAGUUGUAGCCACAGUACACUGAGUGAUCAGACACAUUUAGGUUCAGGGUGGACCUUUUUGUCUUGUCAAGAUGUCUAGGCCCGUGAUAAUAGUUAAUUUAUGACACAGUGUGGAAUAGUUCUUUUCUUAACCCCACUGUCUUAGGGAAUGAGGCUAACUGGGUUAAGUAGCAUUUCCAGGGAGAUUGAGUUUUUGACUGAAACAUGGAGCCUUCACUGCUUUUUUUUUCUGGUUUCUAUGAAGAUCUGGAACAUAAAAACAUCAGAAAAACUCACCUUAAAAUUUGAGCAGGUCAAUUUGGCAGAAAUAAUUUUGAGGUGAAAAGUACGCUCUUAUGUAAUUACUCUAAGGAACAUUGUUGACCAUAAUAGCUUAGUUUUGCUGCUGUUAAAAGCAGUUAAAUUGUUUCACAGUAAGUUUGUGUGUGUGCAUAGUGUAAAAGAACUGAAUUUUGAUGCAUAUAGCACUCAGUGUAUGUGCUUUGUAUCAAAAUUUGCCUACCUCUUCAUGAAGGAGGCUUGUUCGUCACACCGCAGCUUAUUUAAUGUGAGGCAAGUUGGAAGACAACACUCCAUUCUAGGUGAUUCUGUGGUGCCAUGAAAAAGAAUUGACUUUAAGUACAAGUCACCUUUGAGUCUUUGAUUAUCAAUGUAGUACCUGACUAAAAAUGAGAAAAUAAUUCCCUUAACUAUUUAUAAUUUCUAGCAUUUCUCUGAGAGAUCGUUUUAGGGACAAUAAAUGUUACUUGAUGUGUCCAGUCUCAUUUCAGAAUAAAAGCUAGCAUCUUUAAAUUUUUUAGGUUGCUUGCUUGCAGGUUAUAAGUAAGAAAUAUUGUGGGAAAACGACUCCUUUUAGAGGAUUGCUUUUUUUCAAUUUUGCUUUUAGUAAUCUAGGCCUUGCCUGUAAAGAACAAAAGGUGGUUUUUAAAUACUGUUUGUGGAAUGUGUUUAAAGGGUUGAUUCUAGAACCUUUGUAUAUUUGAUAGUAUUUCUAACUCAUUUCUUUAUUGUUUUGCAGUUAAUGUUCAUGUUCUGCUAUGCAAUCAUUUAUAUGCACGUUUCUUUAAUUUUUUAGAUUUUCCUGGAUGUAUAGUUUAAACAACAAAAAGUCUAUUUAAAACUGUAGCAGUAGUUUGCAGUUCUAGCAAAGAGGAAAGUUGUGGGGUUAAACUGUAUUUUCUUUCUUAUAGAAGCUUCUAAAAAGGUAUUUUUAUAUGUUCUUUUUAACUAAUAUUGUGUACAACCUUUAAAACAUCAAUGUUUGGAUCAAAAUAAGACCCAGCUUAUUUUCUGCUUGCUGUAAAUUAAGCAAAACAUGCUAUAAUAAAAACAAAAUGAAGGAAAUAAUGAUUAACUGGAAUUAUUAUAGUUUUUAAUGAGAUUCUAAAAUAACAAUGGAAAUAAUCCUUUGUAGAUUUAGGAAUAGUUUUAAUCAGUGUUGCACUAGGCACAACUAACUUUUACUUAGGAAGUUUUAGAACUUGCCAGUAAGGUACAUCUUUUACAUGGUACUUAAAAAGUCCUUAUGUAAUGUCAAAGCCCCUUGGGUUAAAUAACUUAGAGGUUACAGGUAGUGUUAAGAUAUGCAUUAAAAUGAAAUUUGGGUCCGCUAAUUAUAUUUUCAUUAUUGGAUAGACCGAGAAUUCUGCUCUUCUCCAUCCUAGACAAGAUAUAUUAGGCCGUAUGUUUAUGGCGUGAUUUAAAAUACUUUUGCAUUGAAUUUGGUGAGCAGUUAAUAAGUGAUAACUACUUUGGGGAACUGGUUUAGGUGUUUUGUGGUUUGAAUUCUAGCUACUAUAUAAUGACAGCAAUUACAGCUGAUAGUUAUUGAGUAUUUAUGAUGUGCCAGACACUAUUCUAAAAGCUUUAUGUAUUAGCUCAUUUACUCUUCUCAAAACCCUAUUAGAAAGAUAUCACAGAUAAGGAAACAGAGGCACAAAGAAAAGGCUAUAAAGGGCAGAUCCAGGAUUUGAGCCCAGGCCUGGUCCUUUUGUGAUUUUUUUUUUUUUAAUGGACUGUAGAUUGAGGAGAUUAUUCUCAGCCUCUAUAGAAUUAAAAGGCCUUCUAUUCUUUUUAUUUUUUAACUUGUGUCACUUAUGUUUAGACUUGACUAUGUUAUUUCUAAAGUAACAUGCCUAACAGCUUGAAGAAGACUAUAUUAUAGUUGGACCCGUGAUAGUUAGGAUC